GACGUCACGUCCGGAGACAUGUCCUCGCUGUCUGUCACGAUGGCCAAGAGACCGAAUCCCCAAAGCACCCGUUCGGGUUACGCCAAGCCCGGUCAGCUGGUCGAGGACGAAGCGUUCCAUGUGGGCAAGGUGGAGUACGAGAUUUACCGCGACUACGUGCAACGCUUCGGUCCCGUCAUGUUCGCACUGGUUCUUUUGAGCUACGCCGCUUGCCGGACGUUUGACGUCCUUUCGUCGGUGUGGAUCAGCAGUUGGAGUCAGGAGGUCCUCCAGGUGGGCGGAAACGUGUCCCUUCCGGACAGCGGUUGGAGGCUGUCCAUUUAUGGACUGCUGGGUGUGUGCCAGGGCUUGGCCAUCCUUUUGGGAACCUUAAUCCUGGGACUGUGCGCUCUCAUAGCGUCCGGCAGCCUUCACGACGAGGCACUCAGCCGCCUGGUUCGAGCUCCAAUGUCCUUCUUCGACACCACACCGUUGGGACGCAUGCUAAACAGGUUCAGCAAGGAUUUGGACCAGGCCGAUAUACAGAUCAGCCUUGUAGUGGACUGCGUCUUGGAGCAGCUGAGCGACGUGCUGGGCAUCCUGCUGCUAAUCACGUUGUACAUCCCGGCUUUCCUGCCAGCCGUGGCGCCGUGCGCGCUUGUUUACUUCGUCGUGCAGAAGCUGUUCGUACGCACGUUCCGGCAGCUGCAGCGGCUCGAGUCCGUCUCCCGGUCGCCGGUGUUCAACUGCAUCGCCGAGACGGUGCCCGGCGUGCAGACCAUCCGGGCGUACGCCGUGCAGCGCGGAUUCGUGGCCAUCUCCGACUCCCUGCUCGAGCGCUGGAUCUCCUGCGCCUUCCACCUGAUGGCAGCCGAGCGGUGGCUAACGGUGCGCCUGAACUUCCUGGGCAACGCCGUGUCGCUGGUCACCGCCUGCCUGCUCGUGCACGGACGAGACACCUUCGGACCAGCGGUCAUCGGCCUCACGCUACUCUACUCGCUCAGGCUGACCGAUGCCCUGAACUUUCUCGUGCGCUUCACGGCCGAGCUGGAGAACUCGCUGAUUGCCGUGGAACGUCUCCACGAAUACACCAAGACACCGACCGAGGCGCCGUGGCGUGUAACCCCAGCGCCGAGCCCCGAUUGGCCGCAGGAGGGUGCCGUGCAGUUCGUGAACUUUAGCACGCGCUACCGGAAAGACCUGGACCUCGUGCUACGACACAUCAACCUGGAAAUGCGGCCUUCGGAAAAGGUCGGCGUCGUCGGUCGCACGGGAUCGGGCAAGUCGUCCCUGACUCUGUCCAUGUUCCGCAUCUUGGAACCGGCGGAAGGGGACAUCAUCAUCGACGGCGUCGCCAUAUCACGCAUCGGACUGCAUGACCUGCGCUCGAAGAUCACAAUCAUACCGCAGGAGCCAGUCCUGUUCUGCGGAUCACUUCGCCUUAACCUGGAUCCCAAGGGUGAACACACGGACGAUCAGGUCUGGGCAGCUCUUAACAAGGCGCAUCUAAGCGCAUUCUUCCAGAACAAGGCCGAGAAGCUCGACUUCGUCAUCGAGGAAGACGGGCAGAACCUCAGCAUCGGCCAGCACCAGCUUAUCUGUCUGGCCCGCGCCCUGCUGCGCAAUACCAGGCUGCUCAUCCUGGAUGAGGCCACAGCGUCUGUGGACCCGGACACGGAUGUCCUCGUCCAACAGACCAUCCGCCGGGACUUCGCCCACUGCACCGUGCUCACCGUGGCGCACCGGCUUCAGACUAUCCUGGACGCCGACAGGAUUGUCGUGAUGGAUUCCGGCGAGAUACGAGAAGUCGGUGUCCCCGGUGACCUGUUGCGGAAUCGCAAGUCCGCAUUCUUCGCCAUGGCCCGCGAAGCCGGCUUAGGCAGUGACGACCGGAGUUCCGGCUUCGAGCACCGGUCGUCGAAGCAGUCUUCAUCUGGGCGCUGAAGACAACGUGUGCCAGACCUGCCCGACAAUAUAACCUGAAAUGCCAUUCUCGUUUACUGUGGAAUAUGUAGUAGCCUCGCCGCUUCUGCAAUAUAAUCUCGUUUUCCUAAACAGAUUUAUCUAGUUACGGAGAUGCUAAAUGGAGUGUAGCGAGCGAUGUGGUUAAUAUUGUACCUCUUGCUUACGCAUAUUAGACAUCAAGUACAUUCUGUUAUAAUUUGUGGGAACUAAAUCAUGCAUGUGCGGUUUAAUUGGCCAUUCAUACCAAUUUCAUGCAUGUGCCUAAUAAGAAAUGCAAAAUUUCGCUCCUUUUGUAAUCACUGGGCGCGGCAUCGAAUUAAAUCAAGUUUUAUUUUCUAGUAAAACACUCAACGGUCAUUUUGGCUUAAAAGCUACACAAGUAGUUUCACUGUGGCCCGAAAGAUCUUCAAAGGCAGUAGCCCCAUGGAACUACUUACACAAUUCAUGUAAACACUAAGUAUACAUACUGUCAGCAUUCUCAUGUUAAAUCUCCUGGGCUUCGCGUUGAUAGUAGUGUGUUAAGCCUGCUAAUACAAAGCAAAAUGCCUCGAGCGUCCAGUUGCCCAGCAACUUUGCGUGUGUCCGCGGGCUUUUUUUCCGCUCGGAAAAAUACUUUUAUGUAGCACGUAUUGAGCCUCAGCAAGCUGUAUCGGGAGUUUUUCAUGUUGCUCUACAAUUUUAUCUUUGACACUUUCCAUCUAGUUAUAAUAUUUGAGGACCGCACAAAAAGCGAUGGAACGAAAAAUGCUAGGUCUAACGUGGAGAGACAGGAAGAGAGCGGUGUGUAUCGGAGAGCAAAUGAGGAUAGCCCAUAUUCUAAUUUACAUUAAGAGAAAAAAAAUGAAGCUGGGUAGGCCAUGUAAUGCGUAUGAUGGAUAACCGGUGCACCAUUAGAGUUACUGAAUGGAUACCAAGAGACGGGGAGCGCAGUCAAGGACGGCAGAAAACUAGGUGGGUGAUGAAGUUAGGAAAUUUGUAGGCGCAAGUUGGGAUCAGCUAGCGUGAGACAGAGAUAAUUGGAGAUCGCAGGGAGAGGGAGUGGACAUAAAUGUAGGCUGAUGAUUCGGCGGAAUGCAACGCAUAUUCUUAGCAUCUCCAAGCGUCAGCACACAACAUUCCCUUGGUUCUGUGCAGCUACGUGACAUUACAUAGUAAGCCUUGGUGCAUGAUAGUUGUGACACCCUGUGUAAUAUAUAUAUAUAUAUAUAUAUAUAUAUAUAUAUAUAUAUAUAUAUAUAUAUAUAUUCUACUGAGACGUUUUUUUACACGACGUUGCAGCCGGAGAACCGGUCUUUAUCAGGAGUGUUUAUGCGAGGUUACCUGAGGUCUCUACUCGUACAGUUUUAUCUGUGGGCGGAGCCAGCAAGGGGUUCUGGCUCCACCCACAGCCAAGAACUGCAUACGUAGAAAUACCACGUAACCUCGUAUACACACUCUUGAUAAAGGCCUGUCUGCCAGCCGAAACGUCGCGUAAAGGAACGUCUCAAUCAACCAUGCUUUAUAAAGCGACAAGAACCGCCGAACCAUUUAUUAAGUGUGGGACUCGUUCUCUGAAGCUGUACCACAGAAGCCAACACUGGGACGACCUUGUUUCGUCGACGCCGCCUCGUCUCUUUCGCCGGCUUUCUCG